AUGAAUGGUCAUGCUUUCUCGAAACAUUCCCUCUCGUACGAGGAGAGUAUAAACCUACUGGAUGAGAAGAACCUGUCCGACGUCGACAGCGACGCCGGCAAGGCAGACAACGAGAGUCGCUUCCCCACCGCCGCGGCAUGGGCGAAUAUAGCUAGGUCCACAUUGUCGUCACUAUCGAUCCCGCGACGGCCACCGCCGAUGUCAGCGUACCUAGCAGUCCUGCGGCGUGCAGGUUUCUUUCUCCUCCCGUCCUUUGUCCAGAGCAGGUUAAGUCGCGACAGGAAACAUGGCUCCGACAAGCUUGGGCCCACGGCCUAUCUCGACGGGAUGCGUGGUAUGGCGGCCUUCUCGGUGUUCUUGUGCCACUACCUCUACACAUGCUUCAUCAUCGCCGAGGGAUGGGGCUUCGAGGAGCACAACUACGCCUUCUUCAAGCUCCCCUUCGUGCGGCUCCUGUAUGCCGGACCACCACAGGUGGCCAUCUUCUUCGUCGUGUCCGGGUACGCGCUGUCGCUCAAGCCCAUCAAAUUGGCCCGACAACAGAAGUGGGACAACUUCGCCACCACGAUGGCCAGCUUCGUCUUCCGGAGGGCCAUCCGAUUGUUUCUCCCGACAGCUAUCUCGACCUUCAUGGUUGUGGUUCUGCUGCGACUGGGCGCGUACGAGUGGACGAGGGACUUCUCACGGGACAGCACCUUCAUGAAGAACGUGCAGGAGACGGCGCCGGACCUGAAGGGCUCCCUCUCGGAACAGCUCUCCGACUGGGCCUGGAACAUGUUCAACUUUGUGCACAUCUGGGGCUGGGAGCCAUACGGAGGCAGCACCUACUACGACGUGCACCUGUGGACGAUCCCCGUCGAGUUCCGCGCGAGCAUGAUGCUCUUCCUGACGCUCAUCGGGCUGGCGCGCCUGCGGGCGGGGGUGCGCUUCGCCUUCCUCGCCCUGGUGGUGUGGUUCUCAUACCGCAACGACCGCUGGGAGAUGGUGCUGUUCUACGCCGGGAUGCUGUUUGCCGAGCUGGACGUCAUCCGCGGCGCGCACAGCGACCCGUUGUCCAACGCGGCCGUCGCCGCCUCGGGCAGUUCCCAGCAACAACUGCCCGUGACCGAGCCCACCCCCUUCGAUCUGGUCGGCAGGGGCCGCCCCUCAUCCAAGGUGUCCAGCCUGAAGCUCAAGACGGCGGCGUGGGUGCUGCUGUCGGUGGCAGCGCUGUACCUCAUGUCGCAGCCAGACGUCCACGGUGCGAGGACGCCUGGGUGGGUGUACCUGACGUCCCUGAUUCCCGAAUGGUUCUCGGACAAGUACCGAUACUGGCAGUGCGUGGGCAGUAUCUUGUUUGUGCUGUGCGUGGGUCACCUGCCCGCCUGGCAGCGCGUCUUCAUGACACCCGUGAUCCAGUACCUCGGCCGCAUCAGCUACGCCAUCUACCUCAUGCACGGGCCCGUCAUCCACACCGUCGGCUAUGCCACCGAGCGCUGGGCCUGGAGCGUCACCGGUAUCGACGGCUGGCACUACAACGCCGGCUUCAUGCUCGCCUCCGUCUUCGUCGUCCCCAGCGUCAUCUGGGCCGCAGACCUCUUCUGGCGCUCCGUCGACGCCCCUGUGGUCCGCUUUGCCAAGUGGUUCGAGAACCGCUGUAUAGUGCCCGAGAAGGAGCAAGAGGUUCAGAGCCAUGGGCGGUCAUGA